UAACAUGAGCAAAGCUUACCUAUUCCCAGCGAACCGAAAACUUGAGGAUAUGGAUGCCUACUUCCGAGAAAGCCCCUCCGUGAUGGUCAUCAGAGAUAACGACGCGAUCGUUACCAAGAGACCUGGGAAGUACAUUCAACGGGAGCAGGAGGACAUCCAGAGGGAAGAGGCUGAGGAUGGAAGUCCGGUUGUAGGAGUUGGUCCUGAGGAGAAGGGUCUCAGGGAGCAAGGAAACUUCUGAGUCUAAGGGCCACUAAGCUUGCCUAAAUCGUAUUGUCAUUUAGGAUAGGCGUGUUGAGUUUCCUUAACGCCCCAAGGGGCUGCGAUGAAGGUUGUUCCAACAGUAGGGGUAUCACAAGAUCACGGAUGCGAG